GUUGCCUCAAUAAUAACCUUACCUAUAAGUACAUAUCACUAACGAAGUGAGUGUGUAUCGCCAAGCUUUUAUCGUGGUAGCUAAGCAUUUGUUAAAACAAUAGCUAUAAUAACAAACUCGAACUUGAGAUACCUACAUAAAGUCAAAGACUGUCAGUUUACGCUUUGUAGGCAGUAGAAAUAAACCUGUUCUUGUGGACACGUUGCUCGAAAAUUAAAACAUAAAAAUGGGAGAACAGGUCGAUCUUAUGCGUCGGGACCCUAAUGAGCUUAACUGCCAUGUGAAGGUUUACCUUUUGAGUUUUAUUUGGAUUGGUUCCAGGCGGCCGUCGAGGGUAAUAUAUCAAAAACAGAUUCCAAGGGAUAUCAUCCGAUGAUAAUAGGUGACGGGAAUCCAUCGAUGAAUACAUACAACGAGUAUUGGAUGCUGGAUCCAGCGAACCAUGAUACGUUUUUGGAACCCCAUUUCACCAAUGCUGACAACAUAUAUUUCCUUAACCCAAAGGCAAAAAUAAUAGCGAUUCUACGCGAGCCUGUGGAAAGGCUUUUCUCCGAAUAUAACUACUUUGCUCGAAACCAGACUUCGGCCAAAUUUCAUGGAGUUGUAUCGAAAAUGAAAGAUUUAUUCGAAGAGUGUAGGCGUACACAUACAGAUAGAUAUUGUGUGAAUACGAAAAAGCCGGAACAAUCUAGUAUAGGGCAAAUUUGGAAAGGGCUCUACUACGUUCAUCUUGGAGAGUUUUACCGAGUUUUCCCUAAGGAACAAAUUCUUGUCCUAAAGCUGGAUGACUGCAAGAUCAAUUAUGACGAGUGUUUGCACAGGACGUUUAAGUUUCUGGAAAUUUUUAUCGGAAUAUCUCGGCCAUUGCCCAACAGAAUUGACAUCGGAAAUAAUACGUCCGUUAUAAGAAAAUAGUCCAUAAUAGCCGUCCAUGGAAAUGUUCGAAGAACAAGUCGAUGUGUUCUACCAAAAACAGAAUGAUGGUCUAACUAUUUGUGUGUAAGUGUUAUUUUUAAGCUUGAAAUGUUUUAGUGAAAUAUAAAAUAUGGUAUAGAAAUAGCCCUAUUGAGGAAUUAAAUAGAUUUAAGUUGGUGGGAUAAAAUUGCCUGCCAUUUGACAGAUGUUGAUACAGUAAACAUUAGUUGUUUCAGAGUUUAGUGACAAAUACAAAUAAGUCUAAAUCUAACUGUACAUAGACUAAUAAUAUGUUAGACUUUCUUCAGCUCUUAACUCAGUAUAUUUGUAAACUUCAUUAUGUAUUAUAACUUAUAAAAGAUAAAAUUAAACCAAAUAUUUAUAGUUUAUAAAAGAUUAUAUUGUUAUAAACUUCAUUAUUUAUUAAUAGAUGUCUAAAAGUACACGCAUAUAGUUUAUAUGUCCGUGCUCAAACAUACCACUUCUCUGUGAAUGACAUAUUUAGUUAUUUGUAUAUAACCAUGCAUAUUGUUGUGUGUGUCCGUAACAAUCAGCUGCAAUGUUGGCACAAUUGGUUGCCGGUUUACUUACAUAGCUCUCUAACUAAUAGAGCGUCAUACUAGUGGUCCGGUGGUAACGGGAUUGAAAAUUACCUGGGUAUUGAACAUGUAUUUGGUUACCAAGCACACGAUAUUUCUUUAAAUUCUAUAAUAUCAACUGGUGGGAUGCAGUAAAUUUUUCAUGCAUUGCAUUGAGACUGUAUACAAUGGUACUCAACCAUCAAACCUACUUAAUUAACCAAGUUAGAUUACUCUAUUUUGAAUAAAAAAUAUAGCGAUUAUUCGACUGAGAAAUUUUUAUUAAUUUUGCAUGCUACCACAUUUAAGUCAAUAUCUCAUCAAAAACAUCAAGUAUUGCAUUGAAACGUUAGGAAUGUGCUUCCAACUAUCCAACUUACUUGAUUAGUUAAGUAAGACAACUCGCAUAUAAUGCAAAUUAUUGCACUUUAGUAUUGAACUUAGAAAUUCUGGAUAAGCUUUUGCAUGAAGUAUUGCAUUGAGACUUAAUACGAAGGUACUAAACCAUCCGACCUACUUGAAUAACCAAGUAACCAAUACCCAAGUGAUAUAACUCUAUUCUGCAUCGAAUGCUAAUUAUAGCCUUUUAUUAUUCGACUUUGAAAGUCUGAUUAAGGUUUUGCUGCAUGUGACCACAUUUUAGGCAAUAUCUCAGCAAAAACCUCAUGUACUGCAUUGAAUUUUAUACAAGGGCUACAAACCAUCCAACCUUCUAAAUAAACCUUCUAAAGUUAACUCUAUCUUCUAUAUAAUAUAAAUUUUGCCCUUUUCGUUUACUUAGAUAUUCUGGUUAAUGUUUUGCAUGCUUUCACAAACAGUGUGUGUAUACCAAGUGAUAAAUUGCGUCAUUAAUGGUACGGCGGAAGUCAAUGCCAUGUCUCGAAUUAAGACUUUAAACAAAGAUAACUUUCCUAUUUCUUCACCAUUUUAAAUGAAACAAAGCGCAGUCUACGCCGCUUGCGGAGCCCUGUCUUCGGUCUUUCACCAGAGUUUGAUCGGGAGUUUAAUUUCAUUAAACACUUCGACAAACCUUUUCACAAUAUGGCCGGCUGACUGAGCACUGUCAAAACAUGAUUUUGGAAACAGGUUUGUCGAAGUGUUUGAUGAAAAUAAUGACUUUAUCAAAUGUCGCUAA